GGCGAGUGGCGAUGGAGGCAGUUGAUUAUCCCAGGUGGCCGAGGGAAGCUGCUCACUCAGUAAGGGACAGCUUACUGCAGACGUCACAGCUUACUGACAUCAGCAGACAUUAACACCAACUUCCCCACAAGGACAGCUGACGGCCAGGAUGCGUGGCGAGGUGAUGGUGAUGAUGGUAGUGAUGGUGAUGGUGGCGGCUGCCCAACCUGUACAGCACGGCCACGACGGUGAUGAUGGAUUGGAUUUCGUGCUGAGGAACAUCUCGGCUCUGUGGGAGGAGGUGAACGAUCUCCGGCAGGAGAUAAACCACCAUCUGCACCAAGGCCACUCCGAGCUAUCGCACGACCAGGUUUUGGAGGAGACGGCGAUCUUGCAACACGAGCAUCAUGUUCACCGCCUUCAACACCCUCACGAGGGUCACAAUGAACACCAUAAUGACGAGAUGUUGCAGCACUUGACUACUCACCACCGCUACUCCGGCGACGCCCGGUCGGACCGCCCAGACCCGCAGCAGGAGGAUGGUGACCCCAGCAACGACGUG